AGAAAAGGAGUUAGAAGAUGGGGAGAAGCAUUUUUUCCUUUUUCGCUAAAAAGAAAAAAAUGGCGAUGGCGAGAAGCAUCUCUUACAUCACCUCAACUCAGCUUCUCCCUCUCCAUCGCCGUCCUAACAUAGCCAUCAUCGAUGUCAGGGAUGAAGAGAGGAAUUAUGACGGGCAUAUAGCUGGAUCACUACACUAUGCGAGUGGCUCGUUUGAUGACAAGAUCUCUCAUCUUGUUCAAAAUGUCAAGGACAAAGACACACUUGUCUUCCAUUGUGCCUUGAGCCAGGUUCGUGGCCCAACAUGUGCGAGAAGGCUUGUGAAUUAUCUCGAUGAGAAGAAGGAAGAUACUGGAAUCAAAAACAUCAUGAUCUUGGAACGUGGCUUUAAUGGGUGGGAAGCUUCUGGAAAACCAGUGUGCCGCUGUGCAGACGUCCCUUGCAAAGGCGAUUGCGCCUAAACCUGUGGUUUCCCUUGCAAAGGCCAUUGCGCCUAAACCCUACUGAACCAUAUUAUUAUUAUGGACCUAAUUGAUCUUCCACAUUGACAUGUAUUAAAGUUGAAUGAAGAUUAUUCAUAAAUAGCCUCUCCCCAUCAAUAUGUUGGUUUACAUGGUAGA